CAGUUUGUUCUGGAUGUUUUUUUCCGAAGACUACACAUUUUUAUCAGCUUUAGAUUCAGAGAUAUUGAAGUUAUUUACUUGACAACUAGCACCACCUAUAGUUGCCCCCGUCCAUUAUUCAGUUGGAUCUCAGUGCAAUUCAUACCAGUUGACAUGCACAGUCAGUCUAAGCUAAGCUAAGCUAAUUGGAUCAUUUGUUUUCAGAAUAUUCGCCCGCAGAACGUGAACCCGACAAAUGAUCCCACCAUAAAAGUGCUCCUCGAACAAGAUACCCCAUUCUUGUAUCAAAUUUGGCAAGGUACGCCACUGGACGUUUCCAUAGGGACAGUGGACAUGCGUCGGAACGACAUAGGACACCACUAUUCAACGCUUCAGGUUACGCUAAUCCAGCGUAUGGCCGCAAUUAUCCUGUUUCAUCGCAAGCCGCAACGACCAACUCACUGCCCGGUCAUCAUUAAAAUGAGUCAUCAAAGUCCUCACCGGGAACACAGUGUACCAGUACAAUAUCCACGUUGCAUGGAUGUACCGAGUUUGCCCGUACUGAUGUCCAAGGAACCGUUUAUGCGUAAAACUCUGCGCAAGAUCAAAUUCCAACUGUUGGCGUGGAUUGCAUCGGAUACUCUCGAACCCGAACAAUUGCGACAAGUUCCGCGGAAGCUACGCAUGACUGUGCUCACCGUGUACUUCUUGCUGGAGCAGCGGGCCAUUGAACUCUUCGAAGCUGAUGCAUUUUUGCAGGUGGCCCAUGAUGUGACCUACAAUACGUACGAUAUCCGGGCCGUUGUUUAUCCAGAAACGGUCAGCAUUCACCCAUUCGUGCUGGUUUUCCUGUUCCAGAAGAUUUACGCACUCGUGGCCAAGGCUGUUUGCUUGGUCAGCUUGGAGGAGGCGAACAGCUUCCGCAAUGAUCCUCCUUUCGACGGAGUUUUGUUCCAUAGGCUGUACGACAAGUGGAGUAAGGGGCAGCGCAUUUUGGAUGACAUCAAGGAGUGGCGAAUUUAUGACUCGUUGGCAAAUGACCAGUAAACUGGUACCUCAACCCUUUGGAGCUGGAAGAGUCAUAUAUGACUCCGGCGAUGAAAUCGAGUAUAACAACGUGUUUGAAAUCAGCGAGGUUAUAGCAGCAGCGGCGAAACAAUCUGGCUUCAAAAGUUUUAAAUCAUACUUUUCCGUUUAACAAUACGAUCAAUUUGUGUGUUCAAAAAUAAACGAAAAUAAAAUCUA